AUGGAAAAGAACGAAACUAGUGAUGAGCUCAUGGAGAAUAUAUUCACUAGCGAUCAAGAUAACUAUGAGCUCAUAAAGAAAAUUGGUCGUGGAAAGUACUCAGAUGUAUACGAAGGAAUCAACUCUGAUAAUGACAACUUUGUCGCUAUUAAAAUACUCAAACCUGUCAAGAAGAUGAAGAUUAGGAGGGAAAUUCGUGUACUAAAGACACUUGCCGGAGGUCCAAAUAUUGUAAAGCUCCUCGAUGUUGUUCGUGAUAAGGAAACUAAGACUCCAGCCUUGAUUACAGAGUACGUAAAUACAGGGGAUAUGAACUUCAGACAAUUAUAUAAAAAGUUUACUGAUUAUGAUGUAAGAGAAUAUAUUUUUGAGAUUCUGAGAGGACUUGAGUUCUGACAUUCAAAAGGCAUCAUGCAUAGAGAUAUAAAACCUCAUAAUAUUAUGAUAGAUCAUGAAAAGAGGAAAGUCAGGAUUAUUGACUGGGGACUAGCUGAGUUUUAUGAGCGUGGCCAGGAAUAUAAUGUUCGAGUUGCCUCAAGGUAUUUCAAGGGACCAGAACUACUCGUUGGCUACCAGAUGUAUGACUAUGCACUUGAUAUGUGGAGCUUGGGCUGUAUGUUCGCAGGCAUUAUCUUUGAAAGAGAACCCUUCUUCAAGGGAGAUGAUAAUCGUGACCAGUUAGUGAAAAUAGCAAGAAUUUUAGGUGCAGAUAGGCUUAUCGAAUACCUUGACAAAUACGAAAUUGAUUUAGAUGAGGACUUGGUAGAAAAAUGAAUGAAACAUAAAGGAAAACCUUGGUCAUAUUACAUUGAAAAAUCCGAUCCAAAACUAUUAUCCGACGACGCUAUAGACUUCCUCGACAAACUGCUUCGAUAUGAUCAUGCUGAAAGGAUAAUGCCCACUGAGGCUAUGAAGCACCCCUAUUUCAAACCUGUUCUUGAGCAAAGGCUAUCUAAGGGUUAG